UCCAUUUCCGCUUCCGGCCCCUCCCCUCUCCUCCCUACCCCUCACCCCGCCUCCCCGUGCGCGCGCGCGCUUUUGUUGCGCGGGAAAGCGGCGGCUCCGAGAGCAACACCACCACCACCCUCAAUCCUCCUUCUCCUCAACCGAGAUAAUUUUGUUCGUUCGUUUCUUUGUUUGUUUGUUGUUGUCGUCGCCGUUGUUCCCUCCGUCUCCCGCGUCGUCAACAACGGCCGCGAGCAACGAACCUUCUCACAAGCCUCCGCCGAAUAGCCAACAUGAGCUACCAGCGGCCCCCAGCCGACGUGGAGGACAUGUACACGCUCAAGGUGGACAACUUGACGUACCGCACCUCCCCCGAGACGCUCCGCCGCGCCUUUGAGAAGCACGGCGACGUGGGCGACGUGUACAUCCCGCGCGACCGCUACACGCGCGAGUCUCGCGGCUUCGCCUUCGUCCGCUUCUACGAGCGGCGGGACGCCGAGGACGCCAUGGAGCUCAUGGACGGGCGCCUCCUGGACGGGCGCGAGAUGCGGGUCCAGAUGGCGCGCUACGCCCGGCCCCCGGACUCGAUGCGCCGCGGCGGCGGCGGCGGCGGUGACCGCGGCGGUGACCGGGGAGGCGGCGACCGCGACCGGGGAGGCGGCGACCGCGACAGGGGAGGCGACCGGGGAGGCGGCGACCGCGACCGGGGAGGCGACCGGGGAGGCGGCGACCGGGGGCAGCCGUACUCGGCCUCGGCCUCCUACAACUCGUCGUCCGGCUCGCGCAGGGACUACGGGCGCCGCCGUCGCCACAGCAGCUCGCGAAGCAGCUCCCGCUCCCGCUCCCGCUCCCGCUCCCGCUCCCGUUCCCGCUCGCGCUCCCGCUCCCACGACUCACGCAGCCGCCGCAGGAAUGACGACGGAGGAGGCGGCGGAGGCGGCGGAGGCGGCGGAGGCGGUGGAGGCGGCGGCGACCACCGCGACAACAAGGAGAGGGACCGCGACGGAGACAACAAGGAGCGUGGCGGCGGUGACAACAAGGAGCGUGACAACAAGGAGCGUGACAACAAGGAGCGUGGUGACAACAAGGAGCGUGGCGGCGGUGACAACAAGGAGCGCGAGAGGCCCCGCGACGGGGCGGAUCGCUCACGCUCCAAGGACGGCGGUGACGGUGAGAGGGACCACCGGGAGCACCGCCCCUCAUCCCCCGGGGCUCCCCGCUCCUCAUCCCGCUCACCGGCACCGCCCUCCCACCACCACCACCACCGGCGUCGCUCUUCCGAUCCUUGUUUCAGUCCCGUCGUUCCACCACCAGGCCCCUUGGCAGUGAGUUUAUCAUUUCAUCGGGGGGUGCCGUGGUGAUUUCGGAGAGGUUAUCUCCUUUGGAAUCUGCGUCUCUCUCUCUCCACGUGGAGAUGUUAUCUCCCUCGCCUGGUUCGCAGGAGGUCGUGGGUUCGAUCCCGGAUCUCGACAGCUGCUGUAUAAUUUGGAAUCUGUGUCUCUCUCUCUCUCCACGUGGAGAUGUUAUCUCCCUCGCCUGGUUCGCAGGAGGUCGUGGGUUCGAUCCCGGAUCUCGACAGCUGCUGUAUAAUUUGGAAUCUGUGUCUCUCUCUCUCUCCACGUGGAGAUGUUAUCUCCCUCGCCUGGUUCGCAGGAGGUCGUGGGUUCGAUCCCGGAUCCUGAUGCCUGCUGUAUAAUUUAGAAUCUGUGUCUCUCUCUUUCC